CCUCUCUUCCUCACUCUCUCACUCUGCCCUCGCAGCCUCUCUGCAUCUCUGCCCUCUCACGCGGCCACGGCCCACGCUGUUGCACUGUGCACAUCUGGCCGUCGCCCCCUCAGCCUGAGUCCCCUCCCUCUUGCCGUCGCCCCCUCAGAAACACAGACCCGCUUUCUCGCCGUUGCAUCUCCCCUCACGGCCUCACCUCUCGAGCCGUUUCCGUCGCGCACACAGCCCCUCGGCCCCUCUCUCAACGCUGCGCUGCCCUCUCUGUCUCUCACCGUCUCACGCAGCCCUCCCAUUUCUCACGCAGCCGGCAGCCCCUCUCUCACGUCUCUGUGUCUUCGACGCAGGCUUCUUUAGGGUUUACCAGUCAAGGAAGGCUUAUGUAUUGGAUAUAACCAAACCAUCUCAAGCAGUGGAUGUUGCUCAGGCGUACAAGGAAUUGCUUCAUGAAUAUACAUUACUUUCAAAGGAACUUAUCUGCUGCUUCAUCCCCGCUGGUCCCAGUACCACUUCCAUCUCGAAUGGAAACCCAUUUGUGGUAUAUAUUACCUAAUGAGGUUAAGAGUGAAACCCUUCUUAAUCAAUAUUUGGAACUUCUGUCACCGUGCGAGAAAGAAAAUGUUUGCCGCAUGCGUGGAUAUCAGCUCCAAAAGAGAGCCCUGCUAGCUCGUGCACUGGUUCGCACUACCAUUGCAAGAUAUCAGACUAAGUGUCCAGUUCAUCCAAGAUCCUUGAAAUUUAAGAAGAAUAUCUAUGGAAAGCCUGAGGUAGAAUGGGAAGAUGUUGAUGACCAGCAGCUUCCACCAUUGCAUUUCAACAUUUCACAUACCUCUUCCUUAAUAGCUUGUGGAGUGACUGUGAAUUCGCCAAUUGGUAUUGAUGUGGAGGAGAAGCAACGGAAGUUAAAGAACAAUGUUUUAGCGUUUGCUCGAAGGUACUUUUCUCCUUAUGAAGUGGAACUUUUAACUGCUAUUUCGGACCCUGAAAUUCAGCAUCAGGAGUUCAUAAAAUUGUGGACUCUCAAGGAGGCAUAUGUGAAAGCGUUGGGGAGGGGUUUCUCGGCUGUACCUUUUAAGACCUUUACAAUUUGGUUUAGGACUACUAUGGAAGGGGGAAUUCGUCCUCCUGGGCAUGGCGAUUCUGAGGCAUUUGAUAUAGUCGUCGAUUCUUUUAAUGACCAUGAGAAGCUUACAAACAAUUGGCAAUUUGUGCUCUUGGAUUUGGCGGGUUCUCAUUAUGCUGCCAUAUGCAUUGAAAAGGAUAGAACAACUGGAGGUGAAGGGACCCUUCCAAUGAAAUUUACAGUACGUAGAACCAUUCCUUAUGUUGAAGAUGAAUGUGUUUCUGGUAUCGUAGCAAUAGGGAAUGGUUCGUAUCUGUAGUGAACCAAACUCUCUGAGCUUGUGUUCUAAAUUAUGUGUCGUAGCCCGUAGAAUGGAUACUACAUUUUGUGAGAGAUUUAUAAUGUACAUUUAUUUCAUUUUUAAAAAUAAUUCCUUGCAUCCUUGUGAUGAGUUGAAGCCCCAUCGUUUGUGUUGUUAAAUUUUUCACAGUUCAUAAAAGUAAAAGUUUAGU